CAACAACUGCUCCCCUCUACACUCCACGUCUCAACGCGCCGCCGCGCUUUCUUUUGUUUAACACUCCACCCUGCAUAGUGAGCACCCUGGCACGUGCCCGCCUUCGGGCAGCCUCCGCCCCAAGUCAAUAAAGGCUCGGUGAGUACCCUCUGACCCGCGUGGCAUUAUUAUGCUCGGGCUGCCUUCUCUUUGCCCCUCCACCAUGGGCCCUAUUCUUCCUGAUGAUGGCUCCCUCCCUACCACGUUGGCGGAUCUCCUGUCGAAUUCGCUGGUCCUCCGGCAGACGGCGCCCUAUCUCCCUGUCGCCUCAAUAUACGCCCUAGCCGCAACCUCCAAAACGCUCCACCACAUCGUGCAUAGCUCUCCCGAAGUCUUCCGCUACCUAGACCUCUCCACCGUCGAAUCAGCUAUCGUCCCAUAUGAGCCGCUCGACUCUGGCGGUAUCAGCUGGCGCGCCGAGCGCAUGGACGAAUCGCUGACCGAAGACGAAUUCUACUCCGGCCCUCUCCGCGGCAUCUUCUCCAAGCUCGAGCGACGCCGCGUACUAUAUAACGUGCAUACGCUGGUGUUAGAUGGCUUGAGCGUCCCUGCAGACCUCGUGCGCGAGAUCAUCGCCGAAGACAGAUUCAAUGUCCGCGUUCUGUCCAUCCGCGAGGCCAAACACCUGAACGAGCGGAAGCUGCAGCAGGUCUUGAGAUAUGCGGUCCGCCCCAGCCGGCCCGACGGCACCCCGAAGAUCAAGGGCAUCUACUUUUUCGGCCCUCGCGAACCUGCCCCGGCCCAAGAUGCGCCGGGGAAGAAGAAGCCGCCUCCAUCGGCUGCGAGGGGGGCCAUGUCUUCGCAGGGAGCUCAGAUCGGCGCCGAAUGGAACCAGAAAUCCUCCGAAGCACUCAACGUUGCGCUGGCGCGGACCGAUGAUAACUGGUACCAAUGCUCUGGGCGCAUGAUGGCAAAGCGACCCUCUCUCGAAUGGGCUGAGACUCUGAAAGCUUGCGAGGGCAUCAUCGCUUUCGACGCGGUUCUCUGCAGAGGCCCGCGGCACGACCCGACCAAAGCAUUCCUCAGCGAAGGCACGGGCUCCGGUCUGCCCAAUCCAUCCUCAUACCUCAACCCUGCCAUUGCGACCGUGGCGUUGGGGCCAUCGGGCUGCGAGACCUGCCAUUCGUGCCCCGAAGGCCCGGCUCACUUUGGCCAUUCGCCAGCUUCUGAGUUUCCGCUGCUGAGCCCGGUCGCUCUCCAUUCGAGCUCUAUUCGGGCCGCUCAGAUGCCACAUACCGUUGACGGUUCGAAACCUCCGCCUCUGUUUGUACGAUGUGAGGAUUGCCUCAAGGGCCGUUGGUGCGAGCGCUGCCACAAGUGGUGGGACGAGGAUUGCUACGCCGGAUCUACAGUUGCGCAGCGCACCGAACUUCAGCAGACCGAAUUUAUUGAGGAUGCCCAAACAAUUGGGACUCCACGCAUGAUACCGAAGCAAACCAUCAAGGUACAUAUGGGUCUUUGCGUUGACAACUGCUUGGUCGGCGAGAUGAUGGCCGGCGCAGGCAGUAACGGAAUGUGGGGAUGAGAAGGUACCCUUGGCGCAAAAGGUGACAGUCCUGCCACGCGGAGGUCGCAUGGUAGUUGGAUUCCGGAUUCCAGUCUCCACGGCUGGCCUUGGAGCCUGACUAUCGGAUACCACCACCUGGAAAUCUGGCCCUGGCGCGCCGAGAUAAUCGGCGUUCGACGUGAUUGCUUUGGCUGCGGUCAUACGUGCAUCACUUGUAAAGAGCUUUUCAUUCGACGGUGUAUAACAUGCCGAAAUGAAUACUGUAUCGAAGACAAUGACGCCUCGUCUGCGACAAGGUGUGACUGGUGCAACUACACAUCGCGAAGGACUGUGGAAAUGUACUAGAGUC